AUGUCCACAAGAUAUAAAAUCAAGGUCCAGGUGAUUGCUGCAGAGGCUCUCUACAAGAGGGAUCUCUUUCAUUCUCCUGAUCCUUUUGCCGUUUUAACCGUGGACGGAGCCCAAACGCAAACUACAGAGACUGCCAAGAGAACUUUGUCACCGCACUGGAACCAGAGCUUCAAGUUCUCUGUUACUGAAAACUCCAUCCUGAUUGUCCAGAUCUUCGACCAGCGCAAAUUCAAGAAGAAGGACCAAGGAUUUUUGGGAGUUGUUAAUAUCCGAGUCGGCGAUGUUAUUAAUUUGAGUGAUACUUCCAGCGAACAGACUGUGGCCGAAGAAUUAAAACGUUCGAAUUCAAACCUCCUGGUUUCCGGGAAGUUGAUAAUAACCAUCUCCCACCAGAACUCUACCGCAGCUGAUUCCAGAGAUCCUACUAAUUUUGCUGCGGCAUCGUCGUCACCUGCCAUUGCACAAGCAUCAACGCCAGCAUCUUCCACUGCCACUUCGACUCCAAGAGCUCACGUGGAGCCUUCGAAUCUGAACAGCCAUUUCCCAGGAAGCGCAGCAGCAGCAGCUAUCUCAUCCACUUCUAGCCCUGCCGCAGCAUCCAGACAGUUUUCCUCCUUUGAAGAUCAGUUUGGAAGAUUGCCUCCGGGAUGGGAACGUCGAACCGACAAUUUUGGAAGAACCUACUAUGUUGACCAUAACUCCAGAACCACUACCUGGAAGAGGCCAACCCUAGACCAAUCCGAGACUCAAAGAGAACAGGAGAGAGAAAGAAACAGGGAGGCCGAAAGAAGUCAAUACCGCAAUAGAACUCUUCCUGAGUCUACCUCUCAAACGGACCAAGCAGCUGCAAUGACAAUGGCUGCCACUGGUGCAACUAGUCCUGGUUUGGGAGAGCUACCUCCAGGAUGGGAACAACGUUUCACCCCCGAGGGAAGACCAUACUAUGUUGAUCACAACAGCAGAACAACCACCUGGGUUGACCCAAGAAGACAACAAUUUGUUAAGAGCUUUGGCAACAACGGUGGCUACAACGCCCAACGAUUAUCUGCGAUGGGUCCACUUCCGAGCGGUUGGGAGAUGAGACUGGCUAACACAUCCAGAGUUUACUUUGUGGAUCACAACACCAAGACCACUACUUGGGAUGAUCCUAGAUUACCUUCAUCAUUGGAUCAGAACGUGCCACAGUACAAGCGUGACUUUAGAAGAAAGCUAGUGUAUUUCAGAUCUCAACCAAAUAUGAGAAUUCUCCCUGGUCAAUGUCACAUCAAGGUCAGAAGAGAUCGUCUUAUGGAGGAUGCAUACAGAGAUGUUAUGAGACAGACUCCAGAGGAUCUGAAGAAGAGACUGAUGAUCAAGUUCGAAGGAGAAGAAGGAUUGGAUUACGGUGGAGUCUCAAGAGAGUUCUUCCAGCAACUGUCCCACGAAAUGUUCAAUCCAUUCUACUGCUUGUUCCAAUACGCUUCGAGUGAUAACUACACGCUGCAAAUCAAUCCAAAAUCCGACGUCAACCCUGAGCAUUUGAACUAUUUCAGAUUCAUUGGUAGAAUUGUCGGUUUGGGUGUUUUCCACCGUCGGUUCUUGGACGCUUUCUUUGUGGGAGCCAUGUACAAGAUGAUGUUGCACAAGAAGAUUGUUUUGCAAGACUUGGAGAGUGUUGACGCUGAGAUCUACAGAUCAUUGUGCUGGAUGUUGGAUAACGACAUCACCGAUGUUAUCUACGAGACUUUCUCUAUUGAAGAGGACAGAUUUGGAGAGAAGGUUACUAUUGAUCUUAAGCCGAACGGAAGAAACAUUGAGGUGACCAACGAGAACAAGAGAGAGUUUGUGGAGCUCAAGACCGAGUGGAUCAUUUCAAGACCUGUUGAGAACCAGUUCAAGGCUUUCAUGCAAGGAUUUAAUGAACUGAUUCCACAAGAGCUGGUUUCCGUGUUCGACGAGAGAGAACUCGAGUUGUUGAUCGGUGGAUUGGCCGAUAUCGACAUCGAGGACUGGAAGAAACAUACCGAUUACAGAGGAUACCAAGAGAGUGACGAGGUUAUCCAAUGGUUCUGGAAGUGCGUCAGUGAGUGGGAAGGAGAACAAAGAGCUAGACUUCUUCAAUUCACUACGGGUACUUCGAGAAUUCCGGUCAACGGAUUCAAAGACUUGCAAGGGUCUGACGGUCCAAGACGUUUCACAAUAGAAAAGGCCGGAGAGGCAGAUCAGCUUCCAAAAUCGCACACUUGUUUCAACAGAGUCGAUCUUCCUCCUUACAAAGAUUACCAGUCGUUGAAGAAGAAGCUCACCAUCGCCGUGGAGGAAACCAUUGGAUUUGGCCAAGAGUGA